AUGCCCCGAACAGAAACAGAUAAACGGAUCUCCGACAAGGAAACCGCUCCCGUUGAUCUCCAAGAUGUUGGCCCUGGCACUGUCCAAACCAUCCAGGCAUAUGAGAACGAAGACAAUGUUAUCCUGAGGGCCAACGGCCACGAUCAUUCAAUGCCUCGCCAAUUUAAUUGGGUAUCUGCUCUUGGCCUAGGUUUCUCAAUCACAAACUCAUGGAUUGGAUAUUUGAGCUGCUUCGGACAGAACCUUAUCUACGGGGGUGCACAGGCCUGUAUAUUCAGUCUGGUAGUUGCCUUCGUCGUUCAACUUGCCGUCACCACAGGUCUUGCAGAGUUAGGGUCGGCCUUUCCGUCGAGUGGAGGCCAAUAUCAUUUCUGCUAUAUCCUCAGCUCAGAUAAUACCAAAAGAUACAGUGCAUAUAUGGUCGGAUGGCUCUCUGUUUUGGCUUGGUGGAUUGUGACGUGCUCCGGAAUCUCCCUAGCGACCCUUGUCCUCAAUGGAAUUGUACACUUUUGUGUCCCAGAAUAUACAGCAAAUCAGUGGCAGACGUACCUCACAUACGUUGCUGUUUCUGUUGUGACUAGCCUCCCCGUAUUCCUAGUCCCCAAGAGGAUCUCAUGGGUGAUGCAGAUUGCCCUGUAUCUCACACUCUCUGGGUAUUUGAUUUUCUUCAUUGUUCCAUUGAUCAUGCACGGCAACGUGCAGCCUCAGUCCUUUAUCCUGGAGUCCGGUCAAGGCAAUAGUGGCUGGAAUGGAAGCACAGCGUGGUUGUUAGCAAUCAGCAAUUCCAUGUAUGCAUUUGGGGGCACUGACGGCGUGAUUCAUAUCUCUGAAGAGAUGCCACGACCGGGUAAGCGCGUGCCACAAGUCAUGAUCGUGACGAUGAUUAUUGGGAUUGUUACGUCCUUGUCGCUAUUCGUCAUGCUCAUGAUAUUUAUCGACGAUAUGGAUGCCAUUCGAGAAGCACCCUUACCCAGCCUGGAGCUGGUCUACCAAAUAACCAGAAAUAGGAACGUGACCUUGGGAUUAUUCAUCCUUCUGUUGAUUAUAUACAUGUCGUGUUUGCCGUCUCAGUGGGUUGGAUCCGGUCGAAUCGCGUGGGCAUUUGCUCGUGAUAAUGGAACCCCUUUUUCUGCCUUCUUUGCCCAGGUUAGCACCAGCUUCGACUUCCCUGUUCGCACGACCGUCGCAGCUGUCAUCUUCAGCUGCCUGUAUGGUCUCCUCUACCUCGCCUCAACGACUGCCUUCAACUCGAUCAUUACGUCAGCUGUUCUGUUUCUCAACAUCACAUACACUGUCCCGCAAGCAAUUCUCUUAGUCCGUGGCAGAUCACUUCUGCCGCAGAGGUACCUGAAACUAAAUUUCACUGGCUACAUGUGUAAUGCUUUCUCAGUCUUGUGGAUUGUCCUGCUUGCUGUUCUGAUAUGCAUGCCUCCAAAUCUCCCCGUCACCACCGGAUCGAUGAACUAUAUCUGUAUUAUUUUAAUUGCGGUCUUUCUUCUUAUCAAUCUCCUGUGGUUCGCUAUAGGACGGAAAAACUUCGAGGGCCCAUAUAUUGACUGGAAUCUGUUGAGGCCUAGCUGA